AUGUCAACUCCAGCCAUAUACCAUAAGAAGUUUAAAGCCUUCUACCCCUCCUACCACUCUGAAGAGAAUUGCAAAAAAGUGGUGAACCAAGUGGUCAACGCUUAUGGCCACAUUGACAUUCUGGUCAACAAUGCAGCUGAGCAGUACGAGAGUGAUUCAUUGGAAGAGAUUGAUGAAGCAAGACUCGAGAGGGUGUUCCGAACUAAUAUCUUUUCCCAUUUCUUCAUGACCAAGCAUGCAUUGAAGCACAUGAAGGAAGGAAGCAGCAUUAUAAACACGGCAUCAGUGAAUGCAUACAAGGGACAUGCAACGCUAGUGGAUUACACGUCGACGAAGGGUGCUGUUGUGGGGUUUACGAGGGCACUCGCGCUUCAACUUGUGACAAAGGGAAUAAGAGUGAACGGGGUAGCACCUGGACCCAUUUGGACUCCGUUAAUAGUGGCAAGUUCCACGGAGGAAGAAAUUACUCGAUUUGGUUCAGAUGUGGCUAUGAAGAGAGCUGGGCAACCCAUUGAGGUUGCUCCAUCUUAUGUGUUUCUUGCGAGCAACCAAUGUUCUUCUUACGUAACUGGCCAAGUCCUCCACCCUAAUGGUGGAAGCAUUGUGAACGCUUAAUGAAGGAUAAAUGACACUCGUUAAUCGAGACUGGUGUAUGGUUCUUGUCUACGUAAACUAUGUUAUGUAUGGCAGAUAGCACAGUGCUGAUGUGUAUGAAGGAAUAAAUGUUAGCUCUAAUGGAAAGCAAGUGUGUGUAUUGCUUCCAAUCGUAUAGACCUGAUAAAAUAUUGUUUGUAAGUAAAUGUAUAUGUAUCCAUAAAUUUGUGGGCAAGUUUUUAAAUGAGUCUAUUGUAGUUGCUGUGGAUAAAUGUGAUCAUUGUAGACCUCGAUCGCAGUCUGAUGAGGACUGAGGUUGCCACAUAUGUCAUUGUGAUGUCAUUAUAAAAUUUCGUGUCUGCCUGAUUGUUUUUAAUUUA